AUGGUUAAUGAUAAGGAGACAAGUUCACAACAACAACAACAACAGCCGGUAAAAGCGCCGACGUAUAAUGAGUUGAUGAUGUUGAUCGGAGAAUUACGCGAACGGUUACAAGUUGCCGAAAAAGCAGCGGAACAAACGAAAAGUGACAAUGCGUCGGUUUCGAGCGUGAGUACGGGUAAAUGCAACGAGAUUCGCAUGUUCGCAAAUUUAGACAACUCCGUAAAAGUGUUUACGGGUAGCGAGUCAAAUUAUGAUGCUGCAGACUGGAUACAAUCCGUUGAAAGCAUGGCUGACCUGAAUGCAUGGCCGGUUGCGUAUAGAAUGCAGUUCGUAAGGUGCAAUGUGACGGAAGCGGCCAGAGACUGGUUUCUGUAG